UUAGAGGAAACACCGCUCUACGGAGGCACUGAGGGAGUGAGGCACCCAGAGAUUAAGAUAAGAGAGUAGACCAGUUCAAAGAAAAAGUCACAGUGGAGUGGACAGAAAAUAAGGUGAAGUAGAAAGUAGGGACAUGUGACAUGGAACACUUUACUGGAACGACCUGAACAGUCACAUUUCUACUUUAUAUGGGAGGCACGAAACAAGACAACCUGUGGAGAUGGGUAGCACAACCCCCCCAGUGUACCUCAAUGUGAGUGCUGAAAUGAUCAACUCGUCGUCGGGCUCUGCUGAACAUCAGGGUGGCUACAGUGAGCCAACAAAGAUCCUGCUGGGCAUGAUCAUAUCAUUACUCGUCCUGUGCAUAGUCUUUGGCAACAUCCUGGUCAUCACAGCGAUCGGCCGCUUCCAGCGUCUCCAAAAUGUCACCAACUGUUUCGUCACGUCCCUGGCCUGUGCCGACCUGGUCAUGGGUCUUGUCGUGGUUCCUUUUGGGGCCUGUUACAUCAUCUUUAACACCUGGCAUUUUGGUAGCUUCUGGUGUGACUUCUGGACAGCGACCGACGUGCUCUGUGUGACUGCAAGCAUCGAGACCCUGUGUGUGAUCGCCAUAGAUCGCUACUUAGCCAUCACCUCUCCUUUCCGCUACCAGUCCAUCCUGACCAAAUGCAAAGCUCGCAUUGUGGUCGUGCUGGUGUGGGUGAUUGCUGCUUUGAUAUCUUUCCUGCCCAUCCACAUGAAGUGGUGGAUAUCCGACGAUGAGGAAGCUAAGAGCUGCAUCGAGAAGAGUGACUGCUGCGAGUUCCAUACCAACAUGGCCUAUGCCAUCACCUCCUCCAUAAUCUCCUUCUACAUCCCUUUGGUUAUCAUGGUUUUUGUCUACAGCCGUGUUUUCCAGGAGGCCAAGCGCCAGCUGAAGAAGAUUGACCAAAGCGUUGGACGUUUUCACAACAGCGACAACAGCACCCUCAAAUCUCUGGAGGCCAAUAAUGGACGCGCCAACAAGAAGGCUAAGUUUUGUCUGCGUGAACACAAAGCUCUGAAGACACUGGGUAUCAUCAUGGGGAUCUUCACUCUGUCCUGGCUGCCCUUUUUUCUGCUCAAUGUGGUGGUGGCCAUAUGGAAGGUGGAGGGCAUUGACCUCACUUUCAGGAUACUCAACUGGAUAGGUUACGCGAACUCCGCCUUCAACCCGCUCAUUUACUGCCGGAGCCCUGAGUUCAGGUACGCCUUCAAGGAAAUCCUCUGCAUGAAGAGGAACCGUCUCAGCAUCCCUGGGACCGUGAAUGGAUAUGUCUACAACAGGCACAGUUGGCAGAGCGAGCAACAAGGGAGGAGUAAGGGCAGCUUGGAAGACAGUGACCCAAAUGAAGGGUGUGUGGGGCAAGGUGCGGGGGUCUGCAGUGAUAUGGACAGAGUGAUGGACCCAAAUGGGAAUUGCAGCAAAGGCCCAACGACUGUUACGACUGUCCUGUAAACUUGGAGCCCUGACUCGUCAGUUGAUCCAGACAUGUUUACACUGCUUUCAUAAACUUUUCCAACUGACCAAUGCAGGUAAGGUUAGAUAAAGUAACUGGCAGAGUAUGUGUAGCCUGCUCUAUACAGUCCAAACAGAACAACUAUGUUCAGCAGAGGAAACUUCUUUUCACUCUUUGAACACAGCAAACAGAUACUGUAGAUCACCUUUUCUUUGGUUACAUUUAUCAAUUACAUUUGACAUCUACCUCAUCACUUCUUAACUGACUAUAUAUACUACUUCACACAACUUCAUUUAUACCAGGGCAGUUUUUCAAAUUUUCAUUUACCCAAAUAAAUUGUCUGUGGGUUAUGUAAUAGCCAAUUAUCUAGCUCCAAUUAAAUUUGUUGAUGAAAGAUCUGACAAUUUAGUUACGUUUUAAUAUUUUGAAAUGAUUCUGUAAAAUCCAUUUGAGCACACCAAGUAGGCAUGGAUGGAGGAGUAAUGAAGGAUCAAAUUUAGUAGUAUGGGUUCUAUUUUCGUUUUUAUUAAGAAAUACAUUCCAAUUAAAAUACUAUAAUUUGGCUUCAUUUGCUUUCCAAGUUAGUUUUUUUAAUGGGUUUUCUGAGAAAAAGAUGAUCAACAAUAGGUGUGGCAGAACCCGUCUCUCUCUCUCUCUCUCUCUCUCUCUCUCUCUCUCUCUCUCUCUCUCUCUCUCUCUCUCUCUCUCUCUCUCUCUCUCUCUCCCCCCCCCCCCCCCCCCCUUCCUCACUGUUCAGUAAUGUCGUGAGGCCCGCCUCUGGUGUUUUCCAGCCUGUUGCAUGGCGGGAGCAUCUGCUGCCAGCAGAUAGCACCAGAUAUAUGCAUGUUCACAGUUAUCUACAUCUCACUGGUGCAAGCUGAAAACUGCUGCAAGCAUUUUCCCCACUUCUUGAGAAUUUGCUUCUGUGCAUUAAGUAAAACUAAUAUUUGGUACAUUAUAAAGCCAUUACAUAAGUAUAAGGCAAACUAAUAAUCACUCCUGUCCUCACUUGGUGCCAGUAACAGUAACAGAUGUUCCUUUUGCGGCACAAACCAUUUCUGUUUAUCAGAUUUUGUCGUUUCUGUGUUUCAGAAUCUACAGUGUUUACUGAAACGAGAGCUCCUUCCUUAGCCAUGGCACAAGGGUACAAACCAUAAACAAUAAUAAACAGCGUGGCCAAUCAGCCAAGUGAUAACAAAAUUCCAGGCUGAGACACAUUGCCGAAAAAAGAAAUAAGAAGAGCAGACAAAAGCCGGUGCACCUUCGUUACUGCUCCCUGAUAUUUCCCAGAGUCUCCACACUGUAAACGGAUGUCUGGAUAUUUAAGAAAUUUGUCUUACGUUUGAAUAAGACACUCAUUAUUCCGCUGAGCAGAGUUGCAGCUGUUCCAGUUGUUUCAGUCACUCUACUUCAGACCCCUCUCUGUGUGCAGUCUUCAGGAAAUGCCCCCAAUCCAGCUGAGCCCAGACAAUUAACACAAAUAAAUCCAUUAUCUCUGCUGUUUAGCUGUAGAAUCAGAUAAGUCCCCGACUAAAAACAACACUGAUUUGCAGGUUGUGAUGAGACUUUCUCUGUAAUCACCUGGCUUAAGAUCUCAGGCUCCUGGGAAGGUGGCUUCUCGACCUCGGCAAACAAUGGGUACUUAGCAUGCUGGUCUUUAUGUGGAGAAGUCAAUCCGCUGUUCUCACACUAACUGGUUUGCAGUGCCAUUACUCUGUAGAGGAGUCAUCGAGGUGUUGCUAUAGAUGUGACCCCCUUUCCCCCCCGUCAGUUUGGCAAUCUCCGGUAUGUUCUGAUUAAAGUGACAGCCUGCUAAAUGUGUCUACUCGGGAAGGGGGGCUGGGGGACAGGGUUUCUCUGCCAGUCUAAAACGGUGUCAGUGACCUGUGUUUUUGUCCAUGGUGCCUCUGGAGUUAGAUCAGCGGACACGGUCAAAACUGUGAACUUAGUUCCCUCAGAGGAAUCUCCAUGUACUGUAUCACUGUUCAGUCAGCGCUGUUGUCACAGGCCUCAGGGACAGACGUAAAUACAGAAUCAUCAUACGUCAGUGUUUGCUCUGUGAAAAACCAGCCUUCCGGCAUGUUGAUCUUUUUCUUUUUUGCAUGGAUUUACAGCAAAGUAAAUUCAGGGGUUGAAAGUCACAGCGAAUGUUCUCCAACUCGUUUUACCCCUUCCAGCAUUUCCACUGUACAGUAAAGCAGAAAGCACAAAACGGAUUCUAGACCAAGAUCCAUUGUAUUUAUUCACACUGAAUUAAUCGAUGCAUUGGCAUAAUGUUAACGAGUCACAGGAUUUAAAAUAAAGAUCUGUAUUCAAACCAUCCGUCUUUUUUAGAAGCACUUUCCAAGCUAUGGUUCGCAUGUCUUGCUAUAUAUUUGUGGUGAUGUGUUUUUCGUGGAUUUUGGUGACGGUUCCUUUCAAAAGUGAUCUGUGGUCGUUCAAGUGGAACCGGUUGUGAACUAUAAAUCCACACUGCUCCCUCCUGGCAGGGGCCUCUGCUCACAUCUCAGCUGUCCCACAGUGAUUCACGGUUACUGUUUCAUCGACACACCUGUAUAAUAAGGAAUGUAACUCAUGUCUUUACCUCCUCUUGCUGGAGGACACCGCGUAGUUAUGUGCAAUGAGUCCUGAAUUAUUAGCUUACACUACGACAUUCCAAGUACAGCUGAUGGUUUGGUGCCUAGAGAUGCACUCGACAAAGUCUGGCCCAUGAUUAGCCUUUUUAACAACUGCUCUGCUCAAAUAAAGGUUUUUCUAAAGUGGAUUCUCUGUUAUAGACAAGUCUUAGAGAGUGGAUUUAAAUGUGGGAGAUAUGUCAUUGUAAAAUAAUUUGAUCUAUGUCAUUGAUUGACACAGUUUGAUACGAUGAGGGCUGAGGUUGGCUAAUGCUAACGCAAUCCUCGCUAAUUCACCUUUGCUCCCAUUGAACAAGAACAGCUCCCCCAUGACGUUGAUAAGAGGUUCACUCACUUACAGCAGCACUGUGUAGCACUUUCAUGAAACAUUUGUGGUAUUUAAAAAAAACAAUGUUUGAACUAUAAGUAAUUGCUGAAGAGUUACGCCGGUGGACUUGUCACGUAAUAUUUUCCCCUUUUUGUAACUCAACGCGAAGUCGUCGUGAGAAACGGUCGCUGCGACAUCUCGUUGAUUCUGCACUGUUCUGAUAAAUCGAUGUAUGUAAAUGUGAAUCUUCUAUGAAAGUUAAAUAUCGCUUCAGCCGUCACAUGACAAGUCAAACCUUUAAUAUGUGAACUUCCCAUUUCCUUGCAAGAGUGAGAAAGUCAUCACUCAGCUGAAUGUUUACUAGAUGUUCGCAAGCUAUUUUCGCACAGUUUUUUUUUUUUUUCACUGUUCGUUAAGGUGAGGAAAAUCUGUUACAUGUGGUGUCCUGUGGUAUUUAUGAAAAAGCAAAUGUGUAUGUGCUGUAAGUAACAUUUGUAUUGAAAUAAAUUAUGUACAUGUUG